AUGUCCACAAAUUUUCACAGUGAUGAAACUGCAAAGCAGCCUCUCGAAAGCGGUUUUACUGCUUGGGGCACGGUGUUGGGCGCUUCAUUAAUCCAGUUUUGUGGUUUGGGAUAUGCCAACGCUUACGGUGUCUUCCAGGAUUUCUACACUCAAACAUACCUAACCAAUUCCACACCAGCUGCAAUCGCCUGGAUAGGAAGUGUUAAUGUGCUCUUGAUAAUAUCAGGUGGUGUCCUGUCAGGAUGGAUGAUCGACCGAGGCGCAUUUUACCCUCUGAUGAAAAUCGGCUGUCUCCUUCAAUGCCUCUUCCUUUUUAUAUUGUCCCUAGCGAAACCAGAUGGUUAUUAUCAAAUAUUCCUUUCCCAAGGUGUCGGUUUCGGUAUCGCAAUAGGCCUUACGAAUGUUCCUUCCGUCGCCGUGAUAUCGCAACACUUCCAGCGACGCAGAGCUGUUGCGAUGGGAAUUGUCGUUGCGGGGGGGUCACUGGGUGCAAUCUUGCACCCCAUCGUGCUCAACAAUCUUAUCAAUGGGGGGCUCGGCUUUGCGGACGGUGUCCGUGCAAGUGCGGCGCUGAAUGCUGGUCUACUUUUCAUCGCAAACCUCCUGAUGCGAACAAGGCUUCCAUCGCAACCAAAGGCCGUUAGGUACACCCGCAUCUUGCAAAACUCGUCGAGAGAUGGUGCUUACAUCUGUGCUUGUGUAGCGAUGGCUGCUUUCGAAUUCGGAUACUUCUUUGAAGUCUUUUACCUCCAGUUAGAUUCCACCUUGCAUGGUCUAGACCAAGGAUUUUCGUUUUAUUCACUCACAAUCCUCAAUUCUGGUUCUUUCAUCGGAAAAGUUAUCGCAGGUGUUGUCUCUUCCUACGUGGGCAUCCCAAACACAGUCAUUGGCUCUUCAUUAAUAUCAUCUGCUGUACUAUUUGCAAUGAUUGGCUUGCACUCGGUGGCCAGUGUGGCUGUGAUAGCUGUAAGCUAUGGGUUUUUUUCCGGAGGAGUUGCAGCAAUCAUGGGUCCACUGAUAUCGUAUCUGACUCCUGAACUCUCACAUACUGGCGCACGAAUGGGAAUAGCGUUUGCAAUAGCUAGUGCACCGAUCUGUGGGGCUUUUCUGACAUCGCAUUACAUCUGGUGGAAGGCUGCUGUCUUUGCUGGGGUGAGUGAACUAUGUCAAGCUGUGCUUUUGGUUUUUGGCUAA